GGAGUGGGAGGGGAGGAGGGACAGGCAGGGUUGGAGUGACGCCGCUUGGGAUAGUGUGUGUGUGUAUGUGUGCGUAUCUUGUCUUCUGAAAGUACGCCCAGUAAACGCCCACAGACUGUAAAGCAUGAGUUGAUCUGCUUAGUGGUGCCCUGUGAGGUUUGUGCCUCUCACGGAUCAAUGAGAACGGCACCGACGAAGAUGUGUGUAGAACGGGGAGCCAGCCACCGGUGACGACUCUUCCGCACGCACACGCCACCUCACCCACGCACAUACACCAGCACACGCAUGGGCGGAUAUGUCAUGACCGGCGUAGAAACUACGUGUGCACAAAGCAAAGCCGACGAUGAGGCUCCAAUUGAAAGAAGGCGAAAGAGAGCGAGUAAAGAGAAGAGGCAAAGGUGAACACGAAAGAAAAAAAAUCAGGUUAUCCCAAAGAGGAAAAGUAGUGAAAAGCAAAACGCGAACUUUUGCAGUCUGGAAAAGGAAUGAAAAUGAAAAGAAAUUAAUGAAGAUGAGAUGAAAGAGGAAAAGGAAAGUGGAAGAGAACAACGUUAAGUGAACUCGAAAGGAAAAGUGGAGUAAAAAGAAAGAACUCAAGUAAAGAUAUAAACAUCAGAUUUAUCCUAUCAAAAAAGAGAAAAAGAGAGGAGGGAAAAACGAAACAUGAUGAACGAAGAGGAAUUUAAGGAAACAAAGGAAUAAAAGGCAAAGAGAAUACACAGUUAUACGGAAACAAAAAGAAAGAAAAUAUCAAAGCUAUUCAUUAGUUUAACCACCAAAAAAUGAAGGCAAUAUGAAAGUGGAGCAGCAUAAUGACAACGAGAAAGUGACAGUAAAAGGAGAAGAACAGUAAUUGAUGUUAAUUAGAAGGAAGGAAAGACUGAAAAAGGAAACUGAAAACCUGAGUGAGAGAGAAGGUGCUAAGAGGAGGAAAAAGAGGAGGAGGAGGAGGAGCGAAAGAGGAGGAGGAGAAGGAGGAGAGCCAUGCCCAGGAGUUUCUUAGACCGUCAUCUCCAUCGGCGCCUCCAUCACGACUCCUCCACCACCACCACCACCUCCACCACCACCACCGCCACCACCAACACCACCGCCUCCUCCAACAGUACCUCUUCCUUCACCACCUCCUCCUCCGCCAGUCUGAGAAAAGGAGGUUCACGUCCCUGGCCGGAAGAAUGCUGUGGUAGCGAGACUGACCAGCUCCCCGAAGACAAUGCCUCCGCCUCCACCACCACCUCGACCAUCGCUGCCGCCGCCGCUGCUGCUGCAGCUACACUCCACUCCCCGCAGCAGCACCACCACCAGUACCUGGCCGAGCACCACCACUCCCUGUACCCAGGCCUGCCUGCGACGCUGUCAGGAGAGCCGCGGCCCUCUCAACUUUUGGAGGAUGAUCUCAAGGAAGUGCUUGCGCGAGGCUCCAAGUCUGGCGUGGGCGUGUUACUUCCCCUGGUGGGCGUGGUGGUGGGUGCGUGGGCUCUAGGAGCGUGGGGGGCGUCGUGGGCGUGGCUAGUCAUCAGUGUGGCCUUCACGUGGGCGCUGGUGACGGGGGCGCUGCAGAGGGCGGCCCAGGAUGCUGCAAGACACGAGUCACUCAGAUUAUCGCGGCGGCGGGCCCUGCAGGCGGACGAGAGCUGCGAGUGGCUGAACCUGCUGGUGAAUCGCUGGUGGGUAUUCUCCUCUGCUUCUAUCUUCGCCAGAGUGAAGGCCGCGCUGGACCCGAGACUCGCUGAGGCCAAACCUGCCUUCCUCGAGACCAUAUCCCUAAAACAACUCAGUCUCGGGGAGCGGACGCCAGUAUUGCGGAGCGUGCGGGCGUGGGACGUGACAACCACAACAGACCCUAGCAGUCCCCGCCGCCCACACUGCCCCACCCGCCCACCCCCAGGUCUGGCCCACGCCCCCACCCACACCAUAGCCCUCGUCUGCGACCUCGCCUUGGAUUCUGACUCGUUCUCCCGCGGUGCUCUCUGCAAGAAUCGGCGGGAAAGGGAUGGGCGUGGAGCUGGACGUGGGCGUGGAGAAGCUGGCGGUACUAGGGCGUGUGGUGGUGACAGCGACCUUGGACAUGGAGGCGCCCUUCCCUCACGUGUCCCGCCUCUCCCUCUCCUUUACCGAGAAGCCCCAAGUGUGGUUCAGCGUGAGGAUUCUGAAGGCUGUUCAAAUGAUGGAGCUGCCAGUGCUCAAGACAUGGCUGCACUCCCUUGUGAUGGAUGCCCUCUCCACCGCAUGGGUUGACCCUGGCCAACUGGAGAUCAACAUCCAUACCUCUGACAUCAUUGUCCCUGAGACACGUGCAGGUGACACGCUGGCUCAGGGGGUGCUCACUGUCAUUCUCUGGACCCUCAAAGGAACUUCAGGUCUGGACGAGGACAAGUGGGUGGUGGUGUAUGUGGAUGGGCAGCAGCAUGUAACGCCGUCCAUCACAUCACAGCGGUGGCAGGAGGCAUGCAGCUUCCUGGUGAGCUCCUCCCCUGGCAACCCACAACCUGGUGCUC